AUGUCUUUUUUACACACUCAUUCAUGCGAAUGUCUCAAAUCGGAAUUGGAAUUAUUCACUGUUCCACCAACGCAAGCCACAAUCGAAAGUUCACAAUGGAUACACUACAAGCCAAUAUCAUCGUUAACUGAUGAUUCACCUAUAGAAUUUGUAGUACCCGGACUAGGAGAGGAAUACAUCGAUCUACCGCAUACAAUGUUAAGCAUCAGUGUCCAAAUAAGGCCAACGAUUCAUAAAGAGCCUUCAAAAGAUGGAGAUACCACUGAUUAUGUCGGGCCUGUGAAUAAUUUUAUGCAUUCAUUAUUCAAUCAGGUAGAUGUAUUUUUCAAUCAAAAACUUAUAUCACCACCGAAUAAUGCUUACGCUUAUAGAGCUUACAUAGAGACAUUACUUAAUUAUGGUCCUGCUGCUAAAAACUCUCAUUUAACAAGCGUAUUGUGGUACGAAGAUAAAAGCGGAUCCAUGGACGAUCUACUCAACGCAAACGAUGGCCUUGUAAAACGACGCGUAUUGACAGCCGAUGGCAAGAAAAUUGAUAUCUUAUGGGGCAUUUACACUGUGAUGUUUUUAAUUAAGAAAGAUUUUUAA